AUGCAGUCAGAACUGGAGGCGCUGCAGUCGAUAACGCAAGGGGAGGGAGCGGUUGAGCAAGCAAUGCAAGAGCAAGGAGCACAGGAGGAUUACGCUUCACAGGGAUUUUAUGCCGAGCCAGGAGCAGCAGAGCAGGCCUCCGCAGAACAAGGGCUGGCACAGGAAGGGGGUGCAGCUACAGGAGAGGAGGCGAUAGAAACCGGUCUGCAUGAGGAGGAAAGCAGCAGUCUGGCCAUCCAGCCCUCUGAGCGCAAGGAGGACGUGGUGUUGCAUCAACUACAGCUUAAGGUUGGAGUCUACAGCGUGCCCCACCCUGCCCGAGCGUCAAGGGGGGGUGACGACGCAUAUCUGGUGGAAGGCAACUGGCUAGGUGUGGCAGAUGGCAUUGGCACGUGGACAGACCAAGGAAUCAACGCGGGGCUGUAUUCCCGAGAGAUGAUGUGGAACUGUGUGAACGUGAUUCGGUCGCGGCAGGAGGGAGCAGACAGCGACGAGGACGCCGACAGCGACGACGAAUUCGCCGACCAUCUGGAGGGCGGCAGAUCUGAUUCUGAGCUAGAUUCCGACCACAACGACUCGGCCGGCGUCGGACGGGGGGCGGCGGCGGGCGGCAGCCUGGACGGCAUGGGCGGCGGUGCGGGCGGCAGGAGGGGGAGGGCGGGCGCGGGAGGGGGGGUGGUGAGCGGAGUGGGGGCGGGGGGGGAUGAUUAUGACUAUGGGUAUUAUGAUGAUGAGGAGGAUUUAGACCCGAUGGAUCCCAAGGGGGUGAUAGAGGAGAGCCACAGCCGCACUGAUCUACGCGGGUCCUGCACCAUCACCCUCGCUGUGCUGGAUAAAGAUCGCCUGCGAGUGGCAAGCAUAGGCAGUUGCGGCUUCGUGCUGCUGAGGAGGGGCGAGCUGGUGAUUCGUUCAGAGCGCAUGGAGCACUCUUUUGGCAACCCUUUCCAAAUCGGGCAUGAGGCAGGGGACGGCCCGGACUGUGCCAAGGACUACACCAUCCCCGUGCAAGCAGGCGACGCCAUUCUCCUAGCCACCAACGGGCUGUUUGACAACCUCUUCCUCGACACCAUCGUGCGCGUGCUGUGUGCUGCGCUGGGAGAAGGCAAGAGACCCGAGUCCGUGGCUCGCAAGCUCGUCUCAAUGGCACAUAAAGCAGGCGAGAGCACAACAGAGCCCACACCGUAUGCCAUAGCAGCCAAGGCAGCAGGGGUGCACCACGAGGGGGGGAGGCGGGACGAUGUGACUGUGAUUGUGGCGUAUGUGCAAUAA